AUGCUUGAUUGAACAGUCAACAUACUUGCCAUUCCAGUAAAACUAUCUGUAGGACCAGCGCUGUUGCAGUCAUCCGGUAGGAGUCUCGCGUUGAAGGCCAACGAAAUUUAAAGGAUUUUGGAAAUACUAGCAAUAGACUUCCUUAACAUUUGAUCAAGAUCAUACCGUAAAAAUGUUCUACACCUGUGGUCCCAACGAGGCUAUGGUGGUCUCCGGGUUUUGUCGCUCACCUCCUCUGAUGAUUGCUGGUGGGAGAGUGUUUGUUCUCCCCUGCAUUCAACAGAUUCAAAGGAUCACUCUAAACACCCUCACGCUGAAUGUGAAGAGUGAUAAAGUCUACACCCGCUAUGGAGUUCCCAUCUCUGUGACUGGAAUUGCACAGGUGAAGAUUCAGGGCCAGAAUAAGGACAUGCUGGCCACCGCGUGCCAGAUGUUCAUGGGCAAGUCGGAAACUCAGAUCGCACAGAUCGCCCUGGAGACCCUGGAGGGACAUCAGAGGGCCAUCAUCGCCCAUCUGACCGUGGAGGAGAUCUAUCAGGACCGUAAGAAGUUCUCUGAGCAGGUGUUCAAGGUGGCCUCCUCUGACUUGGUCAACAUGGGUAUUGGUGUGGUCAGUUAUACGCUCAAAGAUGUACAUGAUGACCAGGACUACCUGGUGUCCCUGGGCAAAGCCCGCACAGCGCAGGUCCAGAAGGACGCCCGCAUCGGUCAAGCCCAGUACAAGAGAGACGCCGUCAUGAGGGAGGCCAAUGCAAUGCAGGAGAAGGUGUCGGCGCAGUACAAGAACGAGAUCGAGAUGGCCAAGGCGCAGAGGGACUUUGAGCUGAAGAAGGCCGUCUACGACAUGGAAGUCAACUCCAAGAAGGCAGAGUCCGAGAUGGCCUAUCAGCUUCAGGUGGCCAAGACCAAGCAGCGCAUCGAGGAGGAGAAGAUGCAGGUGCAGGUGGUGGAGCGCUCGCAGCAGAUCAUGCUGCAGGAGCAGGAGAUCACGCGCCGCGAGAAGGAGCUGGAGGCCAAGAUCAAGAAGCCCGCCGAGGCCGAGCGCUACCGGCUGGAGAAGCUGGCCGAAGCCGAGCGGUUGCAGCUCAUCAUGGAGGCCGAGGCUGAGGCAGAGUCCAUUAGGGUAAAGGGAGAGGCCGAAGCAUUCGCCGUGGAGGCCAAGGGCCGCGCUGAGGCAGAGCAGAUGGCCAAGAAGGCCGAGGCCUUCCAGCAGUACCAGGAGGGUGCCAUGGUGGACUUGCUGCUGGAGAAGAUCCCUCUGAUGGCAGAAGAGAUCACCAAGCCCCUGUCCAUGGCCCAGAAGGUGACCAUGGUGUCCAGUGGAGGGUCUGAGGUGGGCGCGGCCAAGCUGACAGGAGAAGUGUUGGAUAUCAUGACCAGGCUGCCGGAGACCGUGGAGAAACUCACAGGGGUCAACAUCUCACAGAUUACUGGACGGCGUGGAUAAAGAGGCAGCUGGGAGACGGCACAACAAUCCACCUGAUGACAUGACAUGACCUGUCCCAUUGUGCCUUUGGUGUGCAUGUCUGUUUAUUCUAUAACUGUCCAUAGCGUGUCUGAUAGCUUGAUUAGAUUUACUUGACCUCCAUGGCCUUAGUGUAAGGAUGCCGUUGGUCUUUUUUACUUGUCAGCUCUUUUAGUUUGAACGUUUUUGGGGAGAAGAUAGAAGAAGAAGCCCGUCACCCAACAAACAGAAGAGGAAGAUAUAUGUAUAAAUAAUAGAUAAUAUACCAUAUGUACCUUGAAUAUUAGAUCAUAUUUUAGCUGAUUGUCGUCAUCUCAUGCAUGUGAGUACUGUACUGUUUUCAAACCAAUCCACUUGCUCCUGUUGCAAUCCUGUUGGGAUCCUCUUUCCAAAGUACAACACUGACAUUCAGGGAGUUGACUUCCCAAUCACUCUAUGUCGAUACUCUUAGCCAUGUUGGAAGCCGUUAUUGGAAAAACUGACCAAAUAUUGUGUGGUUACCCUUUUCGCUCAUUUGUAUCUAUGUGCCUAUGUCAGACCACUUCAGUGCUGCCUGUGUGGCUCUACAGUAUUGGAUCUACAGUUCAGGGCCAUUUCAGUAUGCUUGAGGAAUGGAGGAGAUACCUUUAACAGUUCAGUAAUGUCAGAUUAUCAGGUUUUAGGAGGGGUCUUGAACUAUUGGACAGAAUCUGGUCAGAUCUUAUAAAUCAGAUGAGCUUGUGUGGGAUGUCCCAGUUUUUAAAUAUGAAAUGAUAUGUUGCUCAAUUGUGUCUGUGAACCGAAGGAUACUGAAACCAUAUAUCGUUCUUUAAAGAAAACACUCGUACAUCCUUACUUGCAGUUGGUUGUACACUCACAAAGGCCUGUGUUGAGAAUUUCUGUCACGCUGUGAAACGACUGGCAGGUUGGCAAAGCAAGAGUAUGAUGGGAAAGGAAGUAGGUGUCUGACAUGAGAAAGGAAUGCUUUUUCUUGAUGUUUGCAGCUCAAAGAGAAAGAAAUUGUAAAAGACUGCGGGGGAAGGCAAGUUAGUUUCGCAUAAACCACUUACGCUGAAAUGUGGGUCAAGCUCAAGAGCUUUCUAUUGAAAUACCAGACUGAAAUAGUUCUUUGUAAAGAAGGACAGAAAACAUAAAGUUUGUGGAUUCUCAUUUUCACUGCGACUGCAUAUGCGGUUCAGUUGCACUGUUGUCAGGAUUGCAUUUUAUGUCUCUUCAAACACAAGCAAAAACCAUAUGCAAAGAUUUGAAUGCUCCGCCACCAACAAGUGCCUGAAAUCCCCCUCUGCCCCCUCAAUGCUCAAUUCAUGAUUCCAGACUUACUGUAUGUACUGAAUGGGGAUUUUGAUCAAUCAUGCCUUUGAACAGUACUGUGAAGUGUUUGCAUACAGUCUUCCAUUCAACAGCCAGUCAUUGCUUCUAGCUUUGGAUCUUAUCACCAUUUUGACUUCCAUGUUAUUUUCUGAUUUUGUUUUAUUACUUGGUGUUUUGUUUGUUUGUUUGUUUUGGCUUGGAAUUUGGUAUUUUGCUUGCCAAGAGACUCCGGUGCCUUAUUUUAUACAUUAUAGUCUUUGUUGUGCCUCAAUGCAAUAACUCUUGAAUGUUGGACAUGUUACAGAGAUUUUCUCCUGUGUUGUAACAUAGUUGAUUAUUCAAUAAACACACUGAGAGACCUCAA